AUGGCCCUCUCCCCACCGGUACGAAAUACGCUUCUAGCACUUACAUGGGUCCCUGUUCUCCACUACAUCAACAAACAUUUCUAUCAACCAUACCAAAUCCGGGGAAUAUCAAUGACACCGACAUUCAAUCCGGGAACAACCACCACCACCAAUGACAUAGUCCUUGUACGCAAAUACAACUUGCGAAAACCCACAUCGGUAGACCGUGGCGAUAUAAUCAUGUUUCGAUCCCCAGAAGACCCCGAAAAGUUGUUAACGAAACGAAUUGUCGGUAUGCAAGGUGAUACCAUAAAACCCAGAGAUACCUAUCCUAAACGAGAAGUAAUCGUUCCUAGAAGCCAUCUCUGGGUCGAAGGAGACAACUUGGCCCAUUCGGUUGAUUCAAACAAGUUUGGAUGUAUUAGUCAGGGUUUACUCGUAGGGAAAGUCAUUAUGGUCGUUUGGCCAUUAAGUCGAUUUGGUUGUGAUUUACAAGCAAACAACUAG